AUGGAGGUGGCAUGCAUGGUGCUGCUUCAUUGGCGAGACAACUGGAAGGAAGAAUACGCUUCGAGCACUGUACCUCUCAAGGCUUUGGUGGUGGCAUUUUCUUGUCAAAGUCUUCCUUGGCUCAAGAUACAGGCACUUUGUGGCUCCGAAAUUGCACCACAGGCAGCAGAUGUCUUCCUCAACAGUCUCCUUAUGUGGGAUGUCUAUGGUUCAGGUUCGUUGCUGUACGUCGCGGGAAAGUUGGAUAUUCGCCACAUGCAGAUCAUGAACCACCAGAGUAAGGCGCUCUUUAAAGCGAAGGCAACAAAAGGCAUCAUUGUGGAGGAAUCUGUGGAUUGCGGAAAUGCUACAGGGCGUUGCCUGUGGGUCGCCACUGGAAGCAACAGAGUGACAGUCAACCUAUGGUGUGCCCGUGGGACAGGGCUGGUGAAUAAAUUUGGCAGUGGUCAGAGAGCAGAUUCAGAGAAGAGCUGCCUACCUUGCAUGCCUUCUCACAUGCAGUUGAUAGAGCGAACCACUCAACCAUGCGCUCUUUGCCCUGAUGCAGUUGCCACCUGCGAGCCAGGUCGGAUUAUCUUGAAAGAGGGCUAUAUGAGUCCAGAGGUGGACAACAUCAUCAACAACAGUUUGCGCAUACAUCAUUGCCCGAAUCCACAUGCGUGUCCCGGUGGUCAAGUGCCACGAUUGGAGAAUGGUAUGGCAAUGUGCAGAACUGGACAUGUUCACGAUGGUUGCUUGCUAUGCAAUAGAUCCACGCACGGAGCUGCAGAUGCAGAUGCUUUGUCCUGCACCAGGUGUGCUACAAGUGUCACCAGGCAGACCUUACAGUUAGCCUAUGCGAUUUUGAGGGACAUAAGUAUUUUCUUGAUUGCCUAUCGCGGUGGCCGUCAAGCGGUGGAUGAGAACUUCAAACCAAGGGCUGCCAAAAUCAGCAGUAUACUUCUGAAUCAGCUUCUGGCCUUUGGGACAGUGGCAAAUAUUGCAGCUGUGGCAUCGUUGAACACCAAAGCAGCACAAGAUGUGAAGGAAUAUGUCGGUGAGGUUGUCUCAGAUUUGUUGCAGCGCUUCCUUCUGGAGUUCCAGUGGAGCCCUGGCGAAUCCUCAGGGAGCAUGUCAACGCAAUGCCUGCUCACAUACCUUCAUUUGCCGCCUGAAAUGUGGACAGCGCAUGUGCUCGCCUCCGUGGUCCCAGUCACACUGAUCACGAUCGCGGCAUUUGCUCAUGAUGACCCCUUCCUGGCCCUCAUUGUGGGCAGCAACUGCUUUUUGCCAGCUUUUUGUGCCAACUUUGCCAAAUAUGUGGUUUUCUUCCGGACAGAGAUCCUUGAGACGACGGCCUCGAAGUCGCUGAUGCCAGCAGCCGCGGAGAAGAGGGAAGAGCUUGGUGAGCCCCGGUUCGAAUUUAUGCCGGACACUUUGCGACAAUGGCCUGUUUGGAGCAGUAUGUGGUUUUGCGCAGUGAUUCUUCUUUGUUUCCUCUUCGUGGUGACUAUUUGGACAAAAGAUACGUCUUCACAAAGCGCAGGUCGUGUGCCCAGACAUGUGGCAUACUUGAGAAUGCCCUACAAGACGAAGGAACCAUUAUGCAAAUACAUGGAGACAGAGAGAUUGUUGCGGAAAAUGAUUUUGAAGACUGUCGCAGCGGCCUUCCCAAUUACAGCGUACCCGGCCUUGCAAUUGACCUUUGUUGGCAUUAUUUUGAUAUUCCCGCUCUUAUCAUAUGCCGCUUUGCGGCCCUACGAGCAUUUUUGGCUGAAUGUGUCGGAGAUCUGUUUGAUUGUCAUUGGAAUGAUUUCAAUCAAUUUGGCUAGCCUUAUCAUUGCUAGCACCUCGCAUUGGGCUACAACAGAUGAAACCCAGAUUAUAAUCUUUGUGGUCAUAGUCUUUGAAGCUGCAUUCAUUGCAUCUGUGUUCGGCUUGAUGAUUUUUGGAUUCUUAUGCAGUGAAAUCUUCUUUGCAACGACUGAAGAUGGCGAGCAGGAUGCGAUGAACAACAAUAACAAGAACAACAAGCAUUGA